AUGGUCAAGAUCGCAGUGGCCGGUGGCUCAGGACAAGUUGCCCGGGAAGUCAUCGAUGCGUUGGUGGCGGCGAAGAAGCAUGAGAUAAUCAUCCUGAGCAGGAAUGUUACGCCUCCCAUUGGGAACAACAUCCCUGGAGUCACCUCGCGGGCAGUGAACUAUGACGACCAGACCGGGCUGGUGGAGGCCCUGCAGGGGAUACACACCGUCUUAUCGUUCAUUCAGCUCCUUUCCGAUCCAGAAAACCGGUCUCAGAAGAAUCUGAUUGAUGCUGCCAUCGUCGCCGGCGUGAAACGGUUCGCCCCCAGCGAAUGGGGGAGCGCAGAGACUACGGACAUGCCUUGGUGGGCCGGCAAGGCGCAGGUUCGAGAGUACCUGAAGAAGGUGAACGAGAACGGGAGGGUUCUCGACUAUACUCUGUUCCAACCCGGUCUUUUCUUGGACUAUUUGGCAACUCCGUACCGAACCGCCAAACACGUGGCUCCGCUGAACACCAUGUUUGACUUCGAGAACCGGCGCGCGAUUGUGGUCGAUGGCCACGACUUUGUCAUGACUUUCACCACGGUCCGAGAUCUUGCUGCGGUGGUUGCCGAAGCAAUUGAUUACGAGGGCGAGUGGCCCGUCAUUGGUGGCAUCGCAGGCAACAGAGUCACGGUCUCUCAGAUCCUCAAGAUCGGGGAGAAAGUUCGAGGUCGUCCGUUUGCCAUCGAGACGGUGAAACUCGAAGAUCUUGAAGCCGGACAUCUCGACACAUCAUGGACGCUUGAGGCGCGCCACGCGAGCGUUCCCGACGACCAAGCUGCAAGUCUAUUGAACGCGGUUCUCAUCGGCACUCUGCUGAGCGGGGCAAAGGGGGCGUGGGCUGUGUCGAAUGAGUUCAAUCGCAUCCUGCAAGAUUACAAAUUCACUCGGAUGGAGGACUUUCUGGCCAAGGUCUGGGAGGAUAAGCCGUAG